CGUUGCUUCUUUAAGGCCCUUCUAGGCUACUGAACUGAGGCGUCUCUAUGGCCCGCGGCUGCCGCUAGCUCGGGGAGCUGUGAGGGACGUGGGGGUGGCGCUGCCGCCGGCUGCCUCGCGGGGAGCCGGCGCCGGGGGAUGGGCGAGAGUACCAGCCCCAUCAGCGUGAUCCUGGUGAGCUCGGGCAGCCGCGGCAACAAGCUGCUCUUCCGCUUCCCCUUCACGCGGGGCCCGGAGCACCCGGCCGCCCAGGCCGGUAAGCCAAGGAGCCGAUAUGCUGUGAAUAGCACUAGUGACAACACAGAAGACCAAGAUGGAGACUCCAGAGAGCAAUGUCCUCUAACUGAUGAGCAAUUGGUUUCAGGGUUUUCAGAUGUCAUCCUGGCAACAAUUUUGGCUACCAAAUCAGAUAUGUGUGGCAAAAAAUUUGAGCUGAAGAUUGAUAAUGUCCGUUUUGUUGGCCAUCCUACUUUGCUGCAACAUGCGCUCGGGCAGGUAUCCAAAACUGAUCCAUCACCAAAGAGGGAGAUGCCCACCAUGAUUCUCUUUAAUGUUGUAUUUGCUUUAAGGGCGAACGCAGAUCCAUCAGUGAUCAACUGUUUACACAAUCUCUCUCGUCGAAUUGCCAUAGUUCUACAGCAUGAGGAGCGUCGUUGCCAGUACCUGACCAGAGAGGCCAAGUUGAUCCUAGCCAUUCAGGAUGAAGUGUCUGCCAUGUCAGAAACAGCAGAAGGUCCGCAAUCACCUUUCCAUCACAUUCUGCCCAAGUGCAAGCUGGCCAGAGACCUCAAGGAGGCUUAUGACAGUCUUUGCACUACAGGGGUGGUGAGAUUGCACAUCAACAACUGGCUUGAAGUGAGUUUCUGUCUGCCUCAUAAAAUCCAUUAUGUUGCAACAAGCUUUAUACCUCCUGAAGCGAUUGAAAGAAGCCUGAAAGCUAUUAGGCCUUACCAUGCCUUAUUACUACUGAAUGAUGAGAAAUCGUUGCUUAAUGAGCUCCCAUUGGACUGUUCCCCGGCCCUGGUGAGAGUGAUUAAAACUACCUCUGCUGUGAAGAAUCUGCAGCAGUUGGCUCAGGAUGCUGACCUGGCAUUACUACAGGUUUUCCAGCUUGCUGCACAUCUGGUUUACUGGGGAAAAGCAAUUAUUGUCUAUCCACUGUGUGAAAACAACGUCUAUAUGCUGUCCCCCAAUGCCAGUGUUUGUCUUUACUCCCCUUUGGCAGAUGAAUUUUCCUGUCAGUUUCCUGGCCAUGAUUUGCCAUCUGUGCUUUCCAAGUUCUCUUUGCCAGUUUCCUUAUCAGAGUUCAAGAAUCCGCUAGCUCCACCAGUACAGGAGACUCAGCUUAUACAGAUGGUGAUAUGGAUGCUCCAGCAUCGCCUUCUCAUCCAGCUCCACACAUAUGUCUGUUUGAUGGUGCCCCCGAAUGAAGAGGAUUUCCGAGCUCAAGAUGAAGACAUGCCCUUCACUGCCAGAGUUGGAGGCAGAAGUCUAAGCACUCCCAAUGCUCUCAGCUUCGGCUCCCCAACCAGUAGUGAUGAUAUGACUCUCACAAGCCCUAGUAUGGAUAAUUCCAGUGCUGAGCUGAUACCUGGUGGUGACUCCCCAUUGAAUAAACGGAUGACCGAGAACCUACUAGCGAGCUUAUCUGAACAUGAGCGGGAAGCUAUCUUCAAUGUCCCUGCUGCACAGAAUCCAGAGGAUCUCCGCAUGUUUGCAAGGCUGCUGCACUAUUUCCGAGGACGGCACCACUUGGAGGAGAUCAUGUAUAACGAGAACAUGCGCCGCUCCCAGCUGCUCACGCUCUUCGACAAGUUUCGCAGCGUGCUGGUAGUGACCAAUCAUGAGGACCCUGUGAUUUCAGUCUUCCAGUCCCUCUUGAAGUGACUGUGUGGAGUGGGGGAGGGGAACUGCUCCUCUGUCUUCAGCUCCCUUAUAGAAAUGUUAAUAAAGGAGCAGGGUAGCAGCAGCCAGAGGUUCUACCCCUGCCAUUGACCUUCCCAGCGCCCCUCAGCAAGUCACCCCUUCUCCCUCCCUUUCCCCAUCUGGCUGGGGGAUGUUAACCCCAACCUGCUUGUGGAAGGAGCUCUGCCCCCACAAGCUGCAUGUGAGUGUGGACAGAGAGGUGCACACAAGUGAAGCUCUUCAGGCUAGUUAAUGCCAGCACGCAGUACUUUCCCCAAGUCCCUGCCAGGGGGCUGGGGUUCCUUGCUUCCUGCGCAGGCUGUGUGCGUGGAGUUGAAAAAACGGUUUACCUUGGUGUUGCUGAAUAAAUAAAACUGCACUGUGACUGGA